UUGUUGGACUCAUCAACUGUACUUUGUCCUUAAUUGUUUAAAAACUACGUUCCAACAACCCACGAACUCAGACUGAAAUUUCCUCGAUUCGUCUGGAAACAUCUCAAUCACAUCAUGACCGAUCGCUAUAUUACCGUCCACAAGUCUCCCAAGGGGCCGGGCGACUCUCGUCCCACAGCUCUUCAAAUCAUCAAGGAUGAAGGCCUUGAAGGGAAGUUGGGAGGCCAGGUAGCCUUGGUCACCGGGUGCUCCUCUGGAAUCGGGAUCGACACAGCCCGCGCCUUGCACGCAGCUGGCGUCACGCUUUACCUGACCGCGAGAAAUCUCAACAAAGCCAGGGCGGCUUUAGGUGAUUUAGUCAAUGAUGAACGGGUCAACCUCCUGGAGCUAGACCUUGAGUCAUUUGAUAGCGUCAGGUCGUGCGCUGCAGAGUUUCUCUCAAAGUCCAAGACUCUGAACAUCCUCAUUUGCAGUGCUGGGGUUAUGAGACCACCUGAAGGUCGAACUAAAGAUGGAUUUGAGACUCAAUUCGGUACCAACCAUCUAGCACACUUUCUGCUCUUCCGUCUUCUUGAGAAAGCCUUGCUUACUGGCGCAACAUCUGAAAAAUCUUCCCGAGUGGUGAUUGUCUCAUCCAUGGCCCACCGCUCCGGAACGGUGAAGUUUGAGAACAUCAAUUUUGAAGGUUGCUACGACGCCUUGGCAGCUUAUGCCCAGAGCAAGACUGCAAACAUAUGGACGGCCAACGAAAUCGAACGACGUUACGGGGCUCAAGGCAUUCAUGCUUGGAGUGUCCACCCUGGUUUCGUCCUAACGGAUCUUUUACGCCACGCGUCGGAUGAACGCAAGGAGGGGAUCAACAAAGAUGAGGCGCUGGCAUUGAUGUUCAAGAAUUCGGCACAAGGGGCCGCUACGAGCGUAUGGGCCGCUACUUCUGCAUCAUUGGAGGGCAAGGGAGGGAAAUACCUCGACGACUGUCAGAUCGCGGAACUUUGGAAUGUUUCGCACGGCGCUCGUGCUCCGGGUUAUGAACACCAUGCGUACGACGAGGAGGCGGCGAUCCGGUUGUGGGAGGAGUCCAUUAAAUGGGUUGGCCUGUGAGCAAGAACCACGGCUUUAGUCUGGCCUUGACCGGCACUAACGAUGUGAUUUUUUUUAUUCUGCUUCCGUCUCAACAUAUCCAGUCCUUGUAUGACAGGCCUUUCCUUUCACCUAGCUCUUCUAUGAAUGUCAGACGCACAGAUACUACGUAGUAUAUUGCGAGGUCCGUACUACGUCUUCCGCGGAUAUUCCUACGCUCAGUCGCCGUACCACACCGGUUAUCGUGGCACAAAGUCAGUCGGCCAGUCUCUUCUGCAUCAUGAAAGAAAAAGGGGGUUGGGGUGGGGAUAAGAAAAGGACCAAGCUAGCUUGUCGAGGUUCGUGCAGAUUUGAGUUGCGGCGAUAACAGUAAAUCCGGUGAGUAGCAUAUUUAACAUC